AUGGAGGCGGCGGAGGCGGAGGCGAUCGCGUUGCAAAUUCAACGCGACCUCAAUGAGGAAGCCGACAAUCUCCGCCGGGAUCGGCGAAUGGCGAUUUCGGUCUACGUGUUCUACGGCUUCUGCCUGGUCGGCUUCACCGCCUGUCAGAUCGCUCUUCUCGCCCUCUACAGAGACGACUGGGAAAGAAGUUGCGAUAUCGGCGUAAAAGUAUGGAGCUUGGUGUGGCUGACGCGGAUGAUUGUGCAACUUGUUUGCAACACGGCGGUGACUGCGUGGCGCAUGCGGGCGGGCGCCUCGGUGCCUUGCGCCAUGAUGAUCCUCCCGCGCCUCGUGCACGCAUUCGGCUUCACUUGGUGGCUUCUCGGAGUGGACCAACUCUACUUCGAACCGCACUGUGGAGAGCCGACGCUCGCGCGCACGGUGUCGCAGGUCAUGUUCUGGGUUACAGGCACCGUCUACUUGAUUCCCGUCAUCGUGUACACACUCAUCUGCGUGUGCCUGCCGUGCAUCAUUUAUUUCAUGGUUCGCUUCGCGGUGCGCCCGGCGGAUCGACAGCCCACGCCGCCUUCGCUCGUGCAACAGCUGGAAGUCAAGACCUAUCGCGACUUGAUUGAGAAUCUUCGGCGCCAGUACACUCUCGACACGCACGAGGUGGAUAUACAGCAGGAGCGGCGGCCGCUGCCAAGUUUGUCUCUGGAAACGGUGAUUGAUGGCGUGUCCAAUUUGUUGACGCCGGGGGCGAGCUCCGGGUCCCCUGGGGCCCUCUCGGCGGGCGCGGGCCACGGCGCCGUGGGCUCCACGACCGCGGUCGGAGUCCAGCGGGCGCAGGCGGGCGUGGGCGCGGGAGGGCCCAGGGGCCUCGAGAUCGGCGGAGACAGUGGGGCGAGCGCCUCGGGCUUGCUCUCGCGACAGUCGAUUUCCAUCAACAGAGCGUGCCCGAUUUGUAUGGUGGAUCUCGAUGACGAAGACGAGGUUCUCAUCAUGCCGUGCGACAACCGUCAUUUCUUCCACAAAGCCUGCGUCGAACACUGGCUAGAGACGAGCCAAGCAUGCCCCAUUUGCCGAGCGAACAUCGUGAACAUCCUCACGGGGACCCCGUCAGACCCCGCCUUGCUCCCGGUAGACCAGAGAGAUCUGGAAAUGCAGAUUUAA